GGUGUCCUCGCAGAUGGCGCUGAGGUCGCGCAGGAAGAAGAAGAAGAAGAAGAAGUCGGCGCGAAAAGCAGCAGCAGCAGCUCUUCCCCUGAGCAACGGCUACUACGGCAGCAGCAGCAGCAGCACCAGCGUGGCGGCGCCUUUCGCGGACCUGUGCCCCAAUAACCCGAUGAGCGUCACGCCCAAGUUGUCGUCGCUGAAGCCGCCCGCAGGAGUUGGUAAUGUUUCGUGAUCCUUGGAACAAUUACCACCACCACCACAAUGGCAGGGCCUGUUGUGGAAUUUGUCGUCGGGUGGAAUGUGGUCCAAACGCUAGGAGAAGGUGCCUUUGGAGAAGUUAAAUUACUUAUAAACACGGAUACGGGGGAGGCAGUGGCCAUGAAGAUGGUAGAUCUUAUUAAACAUCCAGAUGCAGAUGCUGCUGUUAGAAAGGAGAUUUGCAUCCACAGAAUGCUGAAGCAUACGAACAUCAUUAAGUUUUAUGGUAGCAGGCGUGAGAAUGCAAUGCAGUAUAUGUUCCUGGAAUAUGCUGUAGGAGGUGAACUUUUCGAUCGCAUUGAGCCAGAUGUUGGUAUGCCUCAGCAUGAAGCCCAAAAGUACUUCAGGGAGCUUAUUAAUGGUGUGGAAUACCUGCACAGCAGAGGUGUCACUCAUAGGGAUUUGAAACCAGAAAACUUGCUACUAGAUGAAAAUGACCAUUUGAAGAUAACUGACUUUGGCAUGGCAACACUCUUCAGACAUCAAGGGAAGGAAAGGGAGUUGGAUAGAAAGUGUGGCACAAAACCCUACAUGGCUCCAGAGGUGUUACUUCGUUCCUACAAGGCAGAACCAGCUGAUAUAUGGUCUUGUGGAGUGAUUUUGGUAGCACUAUUGGCAGGAGAGCUGCCGUGGGAUGAACCAACUUUUUCCUGUAAAGAGUUUAUUUCUUGGAAGGAUAAAGAUUGCUCACUUUUCACAACCACUCCAUGGACAAAAAUUGAUAACUUGGCACUCUCCCUCCUGCGAAAGGUCCUUAAUACUGUCCCUCGGCAUAGGGCAUCAAUACCUCAAGUCACAGGUCAUCAGUGGUUCAACAAAAACUUCAUGAAAGCCAGCGGCAUACGUACAGGAGAAAACCUUACGCCAGGGACAAAACGCAUGUGUAGCGAGUUGGAUAGGGCUAAUUCUGCAAUGGAUGAUCUAUCCACCAGAAUGAUCUGCUCUCAGCCUGAAGCUCCAUCUGUUGUUGGGAGAGAUACUGGUGUUGAGGUGAAUAUAAAUGUUGGCAUGAUCAGCUUCUCUCAACCAGCUCAGCCAGACCAGUUACUGCUAUCCCAGAUGACUCAAGGGACACAAGCUAGCCAAACUCCACUCCAAAGGCUUGUCAAGAGAAUGACCAGAGUCUUGGUCAGGACUAGUUUGGCAGACACAAUCACACAUCUGGAAGCUCUCUUCACCAAGUUGAAGUAUACUCACAGGUGUCACACAGCUAAUGUCGUGACUGUCACCACAUUGGACCGCCGUGGAGCGCAGUUAGUGUACAAAGCAACUGUCAUUGAUAUGGGCCAGCAUAUACUGGUAGACUUCAGGUUAUCCAAGGGUUGUGGGUUGGAUUUCAAAAGACAUUUUAUUCGGAUCAAAGAAGGCCUUUCUCACAUUAUUGUCAAAGGUCCUGUCACCUGGAAUAUGGCCAUGGCAACUAAUAUGCUUCCAGCAUGAUGUUGGUGUUCAACGUAUUUAGUGAUUUUUGCCAAACUCCCUUGGUUUUUACCUUUGCAAAAAGAAAUUUCUGUAUUUAGUUUUUGGAGAAGCAUUUUGUCAGAUCUUUUUAGUGGUUAUUUUACAAGAUAAAUUUUUAGGUGUAGAUUUUUCCCUCUUCCCUUAUUUAUAGUGCAAAGGUAAUUCUUGAAGUAAUGUUUUAAGUUCCCCUAAGUGUUAAUUGUUUUUGUUGUCUCACUUCUUAAAUUGUUUCUGUCCCCUCACUUCUUAAAAACAAGAUUGUGAUUAGAAUGAAGAGAAUGGUCUUAUAACUGAUAGUUACAGUUUGUAGUACAAGUUUUUAUAGUAAUUACUGAAUGUGGUGUAGGGUUAAUAAUACCAGUUACCUUAAGAAUUUGGCUUAUUGGUAGAGGUUAAAGAUUCUGAAUGCUAAAUGAUGGCUCAGAAAAUUUUUAUUUUUAUUGGAUUUUAUUAAUAAAAACUUGUACACAAUAGGAGUUGAAAUGUGAUGCAUUUAGUGUGUAAUCAAAUAUUGAUAGUGAGCAGUAAGACUGUCAUAUUAAUUUUUUGGCUUAAGUAAUGCCAUUUAUUCAUAAUCUGAACUUUAUUUUUUUUGUAGUUUUAAGGUGGUUAGUCAUAGGCAUGCAUGCCCAUCAUUAAGUUGUGCUGCAGUUGUAAGGGUAAUCUCGUUUUGAUCCAGGUGACCCUCUACUUCUGCAGGCAGUUAUCUAGUCUUUCACUGAUGGGUGCUGCCUUGCCAACUAUCAUCAGUACUUGAAUAAUAUGUAGUGUUCUGAACCAUUCCAAUUUGGAAAAUGAUAGUAAAUAUUUUAUAUAAAA